AUGUCCCUAGCAGGCAAGAAUGUUCUCAUCACGGGUGCCUCAAUGGGCAUUGGCGCUGCCAUCGCAAGACGACUUGCAAAACAGAAGGCGAAUCUGAUUCUUCUGGCCAGAAAUGAGAAAAAGUUGCAAGAACUUGCACGAGAACUUCAAGUCGACUCUGGAAGACUGGUCUAUUGCACAGCCGAUGUGUCUCGCUACGAUCAGGUGGAAGAUGCUGUCCGCAAAGCUGUCAAAGAAGUCGGUGACAUCGACAUCCUCGUCAACAAUGCAGGCUUGGCUCUUGGAGCUCCAGAGAAAUUUCCGGACCUCAAGAUUGAGGACAUUGUGACUAUGACAGGUACUAACAUCAAUGGCUAUAUGUUUGCAGCUUAUGCUGUGCUCAACGCCGGAGGGAUGAAGAACAGAAAACGCGGAACUAUCUUGAACGUCACAUCUGUGACAGUUCCCCCAUUUCCGGGCGAGGCAGUUUACCACUCCAGCAAAGCGGCGCAAGAAGCCUUCACGAAUGUCCUCCGAGCAGAACUGCAAGAGACGAACAUCAAGGUCUUAGCCCUCCGACCUGGCAUAGUGGCGACCCAUUUUCACCGACAAAGAGUAGGGGGCGACAGAAAGUUGUACGACGAUUUCAUGGAGGGCAUGGAGCCACUAUUGGACGAUGACGUUGCAGAAGCUGCUGCAUUCAUGAUCAACUCGGAGGAACGUGUAAGCGUUACGAGCAUUUCUGUGACGCCGACAGCACAACGAACCCUGCAGGUCAUCGACAGAACUUGGAACGAUAGAAAUCAGCAGAGUGGCUCUGGUUCGCAACAGAACAACUCUCAGCAAGGCAAUCAGGGUGGCCAACAAAGCUCGCGAGAUCAGAACAGUGGAGGGUCGAACAGUAAUGAUUCGAACAACCAGUCGAACAACCAGUCGAACAACCAGUCCAACAACCAGUCGAACAAUAAAGCCAGCCAACAUAACGAUGAUCGUCGCGGUUCGGGACAGACACGAGGGCAGGAUAACCAACAGCAAAACAACUCUCAGAGAGAUCAAGGCCAACGCAACGACCAACGAGGCAACGAGUCCUCUACCACGAACUCGGGCGGUAACAACCAGUCGUCUGGCAGCAACAACCAAUCCAGCUCAUCUGGUAACAACCAGUCGUCUGGCAAUAACAACCAACAAUCCAGCUCAUCUGGUAACAACCAGUCGUCCGGCAAUAACAACAACCAAUCCAGCUCAUCAGGAGGCAAUCAGAAUUCGAACAAGAAUAACAACAACAACCAGUCCAGCUCACCAGGCGGCAACCAGAAUUCGACCAAUUCGUCGAACAACCAGAGCUCUGGGUCUAACUCUAACAAUUCGUCAAAUACCCAGUCCAGUCAGAAUCAAAACAGCAAUAGCAACAACGGCGGCGGUGGCGGCGGCGGCAACAGCGGUAAUUCAAACUCCAACUCCAAUUCCAACACAUCGGACUCGAGCUAUGGCAACAGCAAUAAUGCUUCGUCUGGACAAGGAAACUCGUCGAACAACUCGUCUUCAAACAACAAGGGUAGCUCAAGCAACGAGAGCGGCAAUUCGGGCAACAGCAACAGCAGUGGAAACAACAGCAGUGGAGGAAGCGGGGGAAAUAGCAAUAACAGUGGAAGCAAUAGCGGCGACAAUCGUAUGCCAGGCAGCUACUAA